AUGCGGUUCAAGGUCCUAAAAAUAGAUCGAAUCGACUCCAGGGCGCUGCUUACCGGUGAGCCUGACUCUGACUACUCCAAGGAGGAGAUAUUAGAACUUCUUGCAACGAUCACGGAAGGCAGUUCAGUUGUAUACCGCUCUUCGGCCGCUUCCAAUGCAAAGUCAAAUCGCAAAGGUUCUCCAGGUCUUAUUGAGAGGAUAAGCAAUGCCUUUGGUAUUCUGGGAGUAGUGCGCUUUGUAGAAGGAUACUACCUCUUAGUUGUGACUAGAGCAAACAUAAUUGCGAGUUUUGGAUAUCAUUCCAUCUACAAAAUUGCUGAAGUGGCGAUGAUUUCUCUUGCAAUGGAUGGUCUGUCAACUUCAACCGAAGAACAGCGUUAUGUCAAGCUGUUUCAGUCCGUCGAUCUUUCUACGGAUUUCUACUUUUCCUACACUUAUGAUCUGAGUCGAUCUCUCCAAGAGAACGCUCUUUCGGCAAAAUGGGAUAAGGACGGAGAGCGAAUUCUGAGUUCCGACAGGAAAUUUGUUUGGAAUACCUUCCUCUUAGAGCCUCUUCGCAGCAACUUGGUUAGUGAGCAGUGGUUUCUGGAAAUCGUUCAUGGCCACGUCGGGCAACAGCUAAUCGACCUGCCGUUCACAAAGCUUUCAUUAACGCUAAUUGGACGGCGAUCGGCUGAAUACGCGGGUACAAGAUUCUUGAAAGAGAGGUGCAAAAAUCCGAAGCGAAGUGUGGCAAACGAUGUGGAAACAGAGCAAGUGCUUUGGGAUGUGUCUUCAUCUCCAAAUUUCAGUCUGGGAAGAUUUUCUUCAUUUGUUCAACGACGUGGUUCCGUUCCAUUGAGUGAGCUACGAAAGAAAUAUGGCAAUCCUGUUGUUGUAAUGAAUCUUGUGAAGAGGAAAGAAAAACGGAGGCAUGAAAGCUUACUGCAUGAUCAGUUUUUGAAGGUUCGUAUAACUUCGUAUCGCAUUAGAUGUCUCCUUUUCCACAUUCUAUUCGCACGGUUUUAUUCAUUGAAUUCAUCGGUGUUCCCCGGCUAUCCAAUCUAUUUCAAUCAGUUCCUCCCACCAUCUGAGCAUAUUGCAUAUCUAAGUUUCGAUGUCGCUAGAUGCAACAAGGCUUCCACAGUAUCUUCCAACGUACUAACCAAGUUGGAAGAGAUUGGGUUCAAAGCAGUGCAGGCUCAUGGAUGUUUAAGUAACAUGUUCGCCUUCCUUCGAGCGCCCCUAUGGUGGAUUCCAUCCUUUCCGAUGCCGUACACUCGCUCAAUGGAUCACCGGUCUGCUCUUCCUGAUUUCAAGCCUGUCUUAUCUCCAGAUGGACACUUUCUCAUUCAACAUGGGAUAAGUAGAACAAACUGUGUUGAUUGCUUGGACCGCACAAAUGUUGCACAAUUUGGAAUAGGCAGAGUCGCGUUGGCUUGUCAGCUUUACGCUAUGGGAGUACUAGAUUAUCCUUCGCUUUCCCUACAGAGUGAUCUCUGCCGUGCGUUUGAAGACUUAUUCGACGACCACGGCGACACAAUGGCUUGGCAGUAUGCUGGAAGCCAGCUAGUGCAUUCAAUAAAAACGUACAAGAAGACCGCUGCGCUCCAG